AUGCUAGGUGGUUGGAGUGUAUCCGAUGAUCAAUCUCUUAAAGAAGAAUGUAUACAAAAAGCUCUUGUCAAUAUUCCAGGUGCUCAGAAUGGUGGUGAUGGUCAAUCACAAGUAUCUGGUUCUACUUGCCUCACACAAGUUGUAAAUGGACUUAAUAUUAAAUGUACUCUUACUUUAAGUGGAGAGCAAUGGGAAUGCAAAUAUUAUAAAUCAUUUUUUGGAACACGUGAGACACAACUCCAAGGAUGUGCAUUAGUAAAAAAUAGUGGCGAUCAAGAAAAACCAACAGCAUUCAACGAAGAUAGAUUCGAUGAUGAUGAUUUUAAUGAUAUGAUGUAUCAAUAA